AUGAAUUCGUCACAAAAUCAAUCUAAAGCGUGGCGAUACUUCAAAAAACAAAAUAACGGACAAACUGUGACCUGUAAACUGUGCGGAAGGAGCAUAAAGCUCCAUUCUUCGACCACAACGAUGCAUCAGCACUUAAACAGUCACCACGAGAAAGAAGUUGUAGAAAUGGAAAGAUCGGUACAUCAAGAGCCACGGCAUCAAAUAAUUGGAAAAAAUCACUUUGGAGUAAGAUAUUAA